CGGUCACACCCGCCAGCACACAUCUGUGAAAUUUGUAAAUUUCGAAAGCUGCUCCGGAAAACCGGACGGAUAUCUUUCACCUUGCUUUGUACCAGUUGUUCCGCCUUUAACUAUCGCAAAAUGUCUAUUAAUCUGCGCACCGUUUACGCGUUCGCCAGGGAAAUGUACCCAAAAACCUCCAAGGAAACCAUUCAAUAUGGAACAGCUGGCUUUCGCGGCAAAGCCGAAUUCCUGGACAGCGUGAUGUUCCGCAUGGGAGUUUUGGCCACCUUGCGAUCCCGGUUUCGUGGAGGCUCCGUAAUCGGCGUGAUGAUCACGGCAUCGCACAAUCCGGAGCCAGACAACGGAGUGAAGCUGGUCGAUCCCAAGGGAGAGAUGCUGGAGGCCAGCUGGGAGGCGAUAGCCACCGAUCUGGUCAAUGUCAGCGACCAGGAACUGGAGCAGCAGGUGGCCAAGAUUAUCAAGGACAAUAACAUCGAUGUGACUACAAGUUCCCAGGUGUUUGUGGGCAUGGACAACAGAUACCACAGUCCGCGAUUGCUGAAAGCGGUGGCCGAUGGAGUAAUAGCGCUGAAGGGAAACGUCAAGGAGUACGGCAUCGUGACCACGCCCAUGCUGCACUACUUCGUGGUGGCGGCGAAUACGAAGGAGGCCUACGGCAAACCCACGGAGGAGGGAUACUAUGAUAAGCUGAUCAAGUCCUUCGAACUGCUGCGAAAUGGGCGCCUGGAGAACGGAAACUAUCGGAACAAUAUCAUUUACGAUGGCGCCAAUGGAGUGGGUGCCCGCAAAAUGCUGCAGUUCAUCAAGCGCAUGAAGGGUUCCUUGAAUGUGACGGUCAUAAACCAGGGCGUGGGUGUGGGCAAGAUCAACGAGGACUGCGGCGCCGACUACGUGAAGGUCCAGCAGAGGCCGCCGAAAUCCAUGCCCGAGGUGGAACCCUUUACGAGAUGUGUCAGCGUGGACGGAGAUGCCGAUCGGGUGGUAUACUUCUUCAGCGACGACAAGGGCGAGUUCCACCUACUGGAUGGCGAUCGCAUAGCCACUUUGGUCGCUGGCUUCCUCAUGGAACUGGUCACGCAGGCCGAGAUCGACUUGAGACUGGGCCUGGUGCAGACCGCCUACGCCAAUGGAGCCUCGACAGACUAUAUAGUGGAUGAACUGAAGUUCCCCGUUUCCUGUGUUCCCACGGGCGUUAAGCACCUGCACCACAAAGCUCUGGAGUACGACAUCGGUGUUUAUUUCGAAGCGAAUGGUCACGGAACGAUUGUGUUCAGUGACAAUGCAAAGGCCACAAUCGCCCAAGCUGCGGAAACGAAAGACAGUGCCAAGACCUUGUUGCUCCUCAUCGAUCUGAUCAACGAAACGGUGGGCGAUGCCAUUUCGGACAUGCUGCUGGUGGAAACCAUCCUGAACCACAAGGGCUGGGACGUGCAGGACUGGAUCUCGUCGUACAAUGACCUGCCCAACCGACAACUGAAGGUCAAGGUGCAGGAUCGGAACGUUAUCGAGACCACGGAUGCGGAGCGAGUAUGCGUGAAGCCGGAGGGUCUGCAGACGGAGAUCAACAAGGUGGUGGCCAACUACAAAAGGGGUCGCUCCUUUGUGCGUCCCUCGGGAACAGAGGAUGUGGUGCGCGUCUAUGCCGAGGCGGCCACAAAAGAGGAUACCGAUACCCUUGCCUACGAAGUGGGACUUCUGGUGCAGAAACUGGCCGGAGGCGUUGGCCCGGAAUUGACGAAACCCAACAGUGCCCAUCUUUAAGCGAAAAAACGAACCAACCUCAAAUGAAUCGACACAGGUCCUAGUUGGAGCAAUAAAUCUCUUUUAAUUUUAGGUGCUCGCUCAGUAACUUAAAAACUUAAAUAUCUUAACUCUCAAACGCAUUUAUACUGUAACUGUUCACUGUCUUGUAUGUUCUAAAGAUGAGAUGUUUUUUACCACUAAA